AAUACAUUUUGAAAGACAUGAUGACAGUAUUUAACUACAGUAACUACCAAUAAGCAACUUGUUGGACUUGCUGCACUUGGCCCUACAGCCAUGUCUUUGGGCCAAACAGUCAGUACUGUGAAUACAGAUGGGUGUGACACCUGGCUGACAGGGCUGUGUACUGUACUACUCAUCUGAGGACUGAGGAGAGAACACAGAAAUGGAGACCAAAGGGGAAAAGAGGGAACAGUGGAGGAGGAAAAGGGAAUAUUUUCUGGCAGCAGCAGGCAAUGUGGUGGGCCUGGGCAAUGUGUGGCGAUUCCCCUACCUGUGCUAUAAGAACGGAGGAGGUGUCUUCCUGUUGCCUUACUGUCUCUUUGCUGUGCUGUGUGGCAUGCCACUCUUCCUGCUGGAGACUGUGAUUGGUCAGUACACACAGGAGGGCGCCAUCACCUGCUGGACCAAGCUCUGCCCGCUGGCACGAGGGACUGGCUAUUCUAUCAUAAUGAUCCAGCUGUAUUCCAGACUCUACAGCAUUAUCCUGGCCUGGGCCCUCCUCUACCUCAUCUACUGUUUCAGAGACCCUCUGCCCUGGGCCACCUGCAACAAUCCCUGGAACACGGACAGAUGUGUGGACCUCACUUCUGCAAACUGGACUGAAAUACACAGUGGCAACCUGACAGUAAACUCGACAUUUGGAAAUCUCACCAAGUCUUCAGUCUCCGAGUUCUGGGAGAGAGGAGUGUUGUCCAUGUCUGGGGGAAUAGAGGAGGUUGGUGCAGUAAAGUGGGAGCUGCUGCUGUGUCUCCUGGCCUGCUGGGUGGCCUGCUACUUCUGCAUCUGGAAAGGGGUCCGCUCCACAGGAAAGGUGGUGUAUUUCACGGCUGUGUUCCCCUAUGUGACGCUAGCCAUCCUGCUGGUCAGGGGGUUGACGCUGCCAGGAGCCUGGCAGGGUGUGGUCUACUAUCUGUAUCCAGAUCCUUCUCGCCUGGCAGACCUUCAGGUGUGGAUGGAGGCUUGCGCUCAGGUCCUGUUCUCCUAUGGUGUUGCAUCAGGAACCAUAAUCACACUGGGCAGCUACAACAAAGUCAAGAACAACUGUUACAGGGACAGUCUGUGGUUGUGUGUGCUCAACAGUAGCACCAGCUUUGUUGCUGGCUUCGCUGUCUUCUCAGCUCUGGGCUUCAUGGCCCACAAACAGGGAAUUCCCAUCAACAUGGUGGUCGAAUCAGGUCCUGGGCUGGCGUUCAUUGCUUUUCCUCAGGCUGUAGCCAUGAUGCCCCUGCCUCAGCUGUGGGCUGCCUGCUUCUUCCUUAUGCUUAUUCUGUUGGGACUGGACACACUGUUUGCAGGUUUGGAAACUAUAACAUCAUCAGUGAUUGACCUGUUCCCAGGACAGAUGCGUAGACCCUGGCGCAGAGAAAUCUUCCUCAUCUUCUUCUGCUCUGUUUGCUUCAUCAUACAGAUCCCUCUCACAGCUCAGGGAGGAGUGUACCUGUUCCAGCUGGUUGACUACUAUGGUGCUAAUGGAGCAUGUAUAUUAUUUGUGUCAAUGGUCCAGUGUGUGGCUGUUGGCUGGGCCUUUGGGGCUGAACGGUUGUGUGAUGCAGUUGAAGAAAUGACAGGACAGAGACCUUGGGUUCUUUUCAAACUGUGCUGGCGUUACUUCACCCCUCUGAUCUGCCUGGCUUGCUUCAUCUGCUCCUUUCUGGACUACCAGCCCCUGACAUCCAGUGGGGGCUAUGUGUACCCAGACUGGGCCUACCGUCUGGGCUGGGCCAUGGCCCUCUCCUCUGUGGUUGCAGUACCCAUCUGGGCUAUCUACAAGAUCUUCCUCACCGAUGGCACCCUCAGACAGCGUCUGUUGGUCCUGUGGCAUCCUGUUAGUGACCCUAUUGGUCCCAAGACAAACAAAGAACAUAUGCUAAAUGAAACAGAGAUGAAACCAAUGUCAGCCCCUUUCCCUGACAUGUUGUGAUUAAUAUGAAAUAUACCUGUAUAUGAUUUCUGUAUUGGAAAGAUUGCCAAAAGAAGAGCAUGUUACUUAAGGUACCCCGUGGAGUUUUUUGUUAUGUUUUUAUUCAGUGUUUCUCAGCCUAGUAAACGUGUGCAUUUCCUUCCUCAUUUAUGGUAGGAUUUGAAACCCACAUUGUUUACAUUUAUGUUUGUGUGCUAGCAGUCGUCUUCUUCCUUGCCUUUCAUUGGCACGUUGCUUGGUACAUUACUGCCACCAGUUGUUGAUCAGUGAAAUGGUGUGAAACCAUCAGCAGGAUUUUGUACUGCAUUAACCCUGUUCACUUGCAUGUGCAUGGGUGUCCUUGUGCGCUACCAGUGGUCAAAAAGCCUUCUCAUUCACUGCGAUCUGCCUGUGAACAACUAGUUCCACCAUCACUGUGAGGCAGGAAAUCUCCAUCAAAACUCCUGUGUGCUCCGUCCAAGGAUGGACUGGCCAUUGGGAGUACUCCAACAGCCCACCUCUUUUCCUUUCCCGUGGAGACAUCUUAUAGCAUCAUUAACGCUGCAACCACAGGGGAAAAAAAUGGAAGUCCCAGGAAUAACAAAGAUUUGUAUGCUAACUAACCAAAGUACUCAUAGUACUUAGUCUGUGUGAUUAGCUCAGAACUGAAUUCUGAUCUUAAACUCUGUUAAUACAGAGAGAGUGGAACGUUACAAAUACAGAUACCCGUACAAUGUAAUGAAAACAGAACUGCAAUAAAUACCAAUUACCUUAUUUAUUAA